AUGGAAGACCCCUGGAGAGCUAAUCGCUGCUAUCCAGCCCUGAACUCUUCAUGUACAAAGUUUGCCAGGCCACAGGCACUAUACAUCAUCAUGUACAUAUUUUUGUCUUCAAUAUCUGUGUCUACCGUGUUUCUAAAUUUGCUGGUGAUCAUCUCGAUUUCUCACUUCAAGCAGCUUCACACUCCAACCAACCUGCUCAUCCUCUCACUUGCUGUGGCAGAUUUAUUUAUCGGACUGACUGUCAUGCCUGUGGAUGGGUCACAAUUAAUUGAAACAUGCUGGUAUUUUGGGGACACGCUGUGUAACAUAUUCCCUUUCAUUUAUUAUGUGGCUCUUGCAGGAUCUCUCUGCAGCCUUGUCUUAAUUUCCAUUGAUCGUUUCAUUGCAGUCAGUGAUCCUUUAAGGUACUCAUUGAAGGUCACACACAACAAAGUAGUUAUAAUUGUUGUUCUAGGCUGGUGUAUUUGUCUACUUUAUAUGUUCUUCUUGCUUUAUGACCACCUAACUCAAAUGGAGCCUCACAGGACAUGUCACGGAGAGUGUCUGCUCACAAUCAGUUUCUCAUGGAUUGUUGGUGAUGUUUUUGUGUCAUUCAUUGUGCCUUGUUCCACGGUUAUAAUUUUAAACAUGAAAAUAUUCUGUACAGCUAAGUAUCAUGCAAAGGUGAUUAACUCUGUUACAGAAAGAGAAAGGGCUGGUAACAAAGACACAAUAACAAGUAAGAAAUCCAGCCGUAAAGCUGAAAAAACAAUAGGGGUACUCGUUACAGUUUAUUUGCUCUGCUAUAUGCCAUAUAAUUUAAGCAUUUUUGCAUACGGCACUGACUCAUUAUCUUAUCUAUUUAACUGUCUUGUAUGGAUUAUGUAUCUCAACUCCUGCAUGAACCCAAUAAUAUAUGCUUUAUUUUACCCAUGGUUUAAAGUCUCAACCAAGCAUAUCAUCACCCUUGCAAUACUUCAUCCAGGUUCCUCUUACUUCAAUGUAAAUUCUGAUGUGAAAUAG